AUGUUGACGCGUCGUUCGAUUUCCCAUUCAUCCACUGCACAACGGAUAGUAGACUCCACCGUAGGCGCCGCUACGCGUGUAGUCGAUAUCAUCACCGUGCUAGGAUUUCUGUGCAAUUCUCAGACUAUAGCAAUGAACUUCUCGACGAAAAUCUUCCUUCUCGCUCUUAUCUCCGUCACCACAUCUUGUUUUUGCCCUCCACCCCCAUGCCCUCCCCCUUGCCCUCCACCUUGCCCUCCACCUUGUCCUCCACCCUGUCCACCACCUAGCUGUGGUUGUGGUGGUGGCGCUCCAGCUCUUCCUUCCUUCUCGUUGCCUUCCUUCUCGAUGCCAUCUUUCUCGAUGCCUUCUUUGGGCGGUGGCUGUGGCGGAGGCUGUGGAGGAAAA